CUUUGGGUAGAUAUUGCUUCAUAGUAGCAUAAUUUGAUGGGGAAAAAAACCGACACAACUUGCAUUUUCAUAUUUGCAAAAUUUCCGGCGUUAGCUAGGACUCGAUAAAGAACCAGGAUGAUGUUAAAAAUCUACCUGUAUUCUAUCUACCUGUAUCUACCUGUAUUUACAUUUACUGUAUAUGGGUGAGACCUAAUGCAUUUAUCUUGAAUCUUGACAUACAGAUACUGGGCUACUUGACAAACAGAUACUGAGCGUUCGUACAUGUUGUAUGUCGAAUACAGCACGGAAGAUCGAGUCUCUGGUUCUACUAGUUAGCUGUGGUUUAAUCAAUUGAUGCAGUAACGUUACCUGAAAUUUUAUCAUUCCCAUUUUACUUCCAAUCAGCGGAGGUGUUGCAAUGAAGGGCAUGCGGAAAGCACUUAUUGGAUUUUGCCUUCUUGCCAUAGCCGCCAUUGAAAUUCGGAAUCUCUACGAUUCAUUUCGUGGUAGUAGGGGUACUGAAAAAGCAGAAACAUGAUUUAGAAGUUUUGGAGCCAAGAGACCAGAGUAGAGUCCUGUCUAACCUCAUGCUAGAUGUAGAAAACCAAAACCAAGAGACAAACAUAGAGAAAGCCUCCAAGCCACAGAAGACAAAAACCGUUUUGUUUUGGAACUGGAACUGGAUGCCAGAUAUUGGUGAACCCCUAGACACCGUUUUGGAACGCUCAAAUUGUCCUCAUCACCAUCUCUGCAAGCUAACAAAAGACAAACGUUUGGUCCAUGUGAGCGACGCCUUGAUAUUCCACAGAUCGUUAGGAGAAAAUCCCCCACUGGGUCUCCGUCGACCCGAACAGAGAUGGAUUUGGGUUGAAGGUGAACCCCCCUGUUUUGGUGCCAUGCCUGAUACUGGGGAACCCUACAACUGGACAAUGACUUACAGGCUAGAAUCUGAUUUCUACGGACCCUACGCCCAAAUCUUCCGCCGGGAGAAACCACUGCAGAAAGACUACAUGCCAAUUGUCAAAGCAAAAACGGGUCUGGUCGCGUGGAUGGUGUCAAAUUGCCCAACCCCUUCGCGUCGUAUGGAUUAUGUAAAGGAAUUACAGAAGUACAUUGACAUUGACAUCUAUGGAAGCUGUGGACCGGGAAAAGUCAAAUGCCUAAAAGAAUCCGGAAAACUUAUGGGCUAUGAGGAGAAAUGUUUGAGAAAAUUGGAAAAUUAUAAAUUCUACUUGUCCUUUGAGAACAGUCUUGCAGUUGAUUAUGUUACAGAAAAGUUCUUUAAGACGGUCAACAUUGACGUAGUGGCUGUGGUGCGUUCCGGGGCCAACAUGACUCGCCUUGGGUUCCACAAAGAUUGGUACAUCAACACUGCGGAUUUCUCCAGUCCAAAGGAACUUGCUGAUUAUCUUAAAAAACUAGAUGCCAACGACGAUUUAUACGUGAAAUACUUGGAGUGGAAGAACUAUUACCAUAGUACUAUGUCUACAACAUUGUGCCAUCUAUGCGAGCGGCUCCUUUACCGCGAUGACCCUCCUAAGACAUAUACCAAAGAUGACAUUCGUCGAUUUUUCUACACUGGUGCAUGUUUUAAACCAAAUGAUAUAGCACGUGAUUAAUCAGCUUGAGUAGGGUUUUCUUACUUAUUAAAGAUUGAGUCGAACCUGGUCAUCCAUCAUAUACAUGUAAUAGAUCUUACUCGUGAUUUGAUAACAAUUGCAUGGGUCCAAACAGUGCUGUUAGGCCAACCUGAAUUUACUUCAUUUCGAUCCAAAUAUAUGUACAUUCAGAAUAUCCAAUUGACGCGUUAACGACGAUUAGACCCCUUCAAUAAAACUUCAUCUGAAACGUA